AUGAUGAUACCUGUGCAAGGUAAAAUACUAGCACAUACAUUACUGCCACCUUAUGGAUUAAUUCAUUUUGACGCAGAUGAAAAAUGGGCUGCAAUGAUAAUCACAGAACUUUCCAGAUAUGAUACCAUAGAUUUACUACCAACAGCAAUCCAUGAAAUUGGUCACAUUUUGGGUUUGGAACAUUCCUGGGAAAAAGAUUCUAUAAUGUCACCUUUCUAUCACUAUCAGACAAUUAAUGAUGACGGAGAAUACGUGAAACCGACACUUACUAAUUGUGAUAUUUCACGCAUACAAAAAUUGUAUGGUAAUUUUUCUCUUCUUUGGACUAAAAACACGUGCGCAACAGAAAUGCUUCCAUUUGAGAAGAUUCUAUGA